UCAGUCUUGUGUUCUUCGCAUUGCCUAGGAGGAGCUCCUGAUGCACCUAUGGCGGUAUCCAUCUCUCUCUAUCCACGGCAUUGAAGGUGCCUUUGAUGAGCCUGGAACUAAAACGGUCAUCCCCGGUCGAGUCAUAGGAAAAUUUUCAAUCCGCCUCGUCCCUCACAUGAAUCUGUCUGUGGUGGAGAAACAGGUGAAACAGCAUCUGGAAGCUGUGUUCUCCAAAAGAAACAGUUCCAACAAGAUGACUGUUUCUAUGGUCCUAGGACUCCACCCAUGGACGGCCAACAUCUGGGACCCUCAGUACCUCGCAGCCAAAAGAGCCAUCAAAACAGGUGGGCCUUACAGAUAUUUUGAUUCACCUGUUUGUAGCAGGACCAAGACACCUUGUCUUUUUUACCCAAGGUGCAUUGUCUGCAGUUCUCUAAAGCAGCAGAAGCAGUAGAAUGAGUCUAGAUUC